AGCAACAACAAUAACUACGAAAAACCAGAGCAAGAUCACUCUAAGCAGUAGUAAAACGUAGUAAAUAAGUGUUGUAGUUUUAUAAACGCAUUUGUAAAGUAAGUGAGGCGUUAAAGUGCGCUUAUUUUUUGUUUCAAACUUUUAAAAAAUAACAACAAUUCAAGGCGCUAGACUUUAAAAAGACUGAAAGAAAAUAAUGUUAAGAGGCAUUAUAAAUAAAACAAAAAAGAUUAUUUGAUUUACAACAAAGUUAAUUGAAAUAAAUUUAUAAGUCUGUAAUUGUUUUAAAUACCAUUUGUGUAAAAGUGAUUUCUUUAGUGGGCUGUUAAAUUUGGAGAAAAAACAACAAUAACAAAAAUUUAUAAUUUCAAUGAAACAAAUAAAAUAAUAAUAAAAUUAAAAAAAUAGUGAAAUAAAACACGCUGUUAAUUACCGAAGCGUUAACGACUGAUCUUGAAUUCAUAAACUAGUUAUUAAAUUAGUAAAUGAAAAAUCAUAAAAAUGUAUUUUUUUAAUCUAUAUUUUGUUGCCAAAUGAAAAUGAAUUGCAGCAACAAAUUAUUAAGCAAAAAGUGAAAUUUCUUUUAACAUCGAUCAGCAAUAAAAGAAAUCAUCAUUAGAAGAUAGAAAGAAAAAAAAAAAAAAAGAUUUUGGAAUUUUACACCCCCUUAAGCAGUACAGACUGAGCAUUGUUGCAGUAAUAAAAAGAAACUAUAUUUUCAAUCUUGCAGGAAAAAAACAGUGUAAACCUCCCUUUAAACCACAUUUUGUCCGUUAUUCUUUUGCUGAAUAAUUUAAAAAUUUUCAAUCCUCCAUAUAAAUUUAUAAUUAUAGCAAAAAAAGGCAAAAUUAAUAAACAUCAUUAACAUCAUGAUGAAGUGUAUAAUAAUGAUAAUGAAGUUUAUUACUACCACCAAACUACUACCAGCAGAUUACUCCAACAAUAUUUAAUAGUCAUUUUCAUUUAAAAAAAAAACAACAAAUUAAAACAGAAGCCAUAAAAUCCGACGCUAUUGGGACUCACUGGUUAUAAAUUUAUAAAAAUAUAUUCAGCAACUGAAUAAAAAAAAUUUUGUAUUUCUAAAUCUAUAAAAAAAACUACAUGAUUUUAAUGAACAGAACUUCAGUCUAACGACAGCAAACGACCCUGCGACAACAACGAAAACAACGACGCGCAUCGCUGACUACGAGCCCGCAAAAUAAUUGUAAAGAAUUUUUUCAAAAAAACCAACAAAAUCAUUACUAAAUCAGCAAAGGUAGUGAGUGAGCAGUUAAACGUCAUAUAAAAGUGAUCGUGUUAGAGAGAGCAGUGGAUUUACUAACAAAAUAACAAACGAAUUUUUAUCAAUAAAAAUAAAAUUUAAAAAAAAUUUCGAAAAUUUAAAAACGUAAUAAAAGAAAAAUUUAAUAAAUUUAUAAAUAGUUAUUAAACGUUUAUAGUGAAAAAUUAAAAAACGUUCAUAACAUUUUGCAAAAAAAAAAAAAAUUAAAAUAUUUAAAAAAUUUUUAUAAAAUUAUUAAACGAAAACUUUAGCCAUUUAUUAAUAAAAACCUCAAGUAUUUGUUAAAACCAAUGAUUAAAUUACAACAUAAAACUAAAUUCUCAGAAGAUUAAUCAACAAUUUUAAAAAGAAAAAUCUAUUAAAAUCGUGAUCAUUUCAUACAAAACUAAAAAAAGUGGUCCAUAAACCCCUUUGAAAACUUAACAAGUUAAAAGAAAAUUACAACGAUUUCUAUUAAAAGAAUUUAAUAAAAUAAAGUUUUAAACAAAAUCUAUACAAAAAUAGAGGCUUGGCUGAAUUACCCGUUUCAAAACAUUUGAAAAUUUAAAGCAAUUAUAAAUUUUUAAUAAAAUUCUGAAUAAUUUAACGAUCCGAGCAAGAAAUUUGCAAAGAAAUCUAUACUGAAAACAAAACAUCUACAGUGUCUCAAAUAAACCUUAAAAAAUCUGCCAAUUUUUUUGGGUUAAAAAGUGCUAUUUAAAGGAAAAUUCUUAAGUGGUCCAAAGACCCCCUUGAAAAUAUUAAAACUUUAAAGGGUAUUAUAACUGAUUUAACGAAAAGAACUGAUCCUAUAGCAAUUCCUAACAGAAAGCUAUAAAAAUCUACCACUUUCAGCUGGAAAAAAGACUCUGGAAUUGAAAUUUCCAAGUGGUCGAAGAACCCCCCUUAAAAGUUAAACAUCAGUAAAAGAAUUUCAACAGUUUGAGGCAAGGAAAGCAACUGUAAUAUCUUUAAUCAACAUUAACAAGUGGAAAAUCUGCAAAAACUGAAAGAUUUGUGGCCAAAUUCGCAAGUGGUCAAGAGACCCCCUUUGGAAAUAUCAACACGUUCGAGGGAAUUUUAAUAGAUUUAAUAAACCAAAGUAUUAGCAUAACAAUUCCUAAGAAGAAGUGUUAAAAACUUAUUGCAUAAAACAGCAAAGACAACAUUUCAGACUAUAUGCAGACAUGGUCCGAGAACCCCUUUAAAAGUCCAAAAUAUUAAUUCUACAAAAGUGUAAAUCCAAAGAAAUUUAAUAAUUGGAAUAGCACUCAUUGGAUUUUAAAAACUGGAAGUCAUUUCAAAACAAUUUUAAGCUUAAAACUAAAGGUGGUCAAAGGUCCCCUUUUGAAGAUUUAACCAAUAAAAGGGGUUUGAGAUAAAAAAAAAAAAAAAACUAAAAAUUCCCAACUACACCAAAGAAAAAGACAUUAUAAACCAGAAACUUCCAAAGAAAGUGAGAAAUCUAAAACCGGUAUAAGUGGUCCAAGGACCCCCUUGACGAUAAAACAAACUAAACAUUUGAAAAUCAACAUUAAUUACCCCCAAAAAAAACCUCUCCCACCAAAAUGCAAACAUCAGCUUCAAACAACAAUUGCAAUACCGCUCAAUCCUCGGAAAGUCGUAGAUUACUGCAACGUCUUCUACUCGAUCUACUAAUCUUCAUAGUACUCGUCAUACCCAUAAUAGUGUGUGAAUUCGCCAUAGAACCUUUUCGUCGCGGUUUCUUUUGUGAUGAUGAAACCAUACGUUAUCCCUUCAAAGGCAACACUAUAACCCCCGUUAUGCUAGGGCUAAUAGUAGCUCUACCGCCGUUAAUAGUACUCGUUAUAGGAGAAUAUGCGCGGCAAUAUAACAAGGGUCAACUAAGUAAUACCCGGGAUAUAUUUGGUCGUCAAAUACCCACUUGGAUGACUAAUGUUUUUAAGCAAUUUGUAUACUUUUGUUUUGGUUUACUACUAACCUUCGAUGCCACCGAAGUGGGUAAAUAUACCAUAGGACGUCUGAGGCCUCAUUUUAUGGCUGUUUGUCAGCCACAACUGUCCGAUGGCACUACUUGUAAUGAUUUGAUUAAUCAACAUAGAUAUGUGGAGAAUUAUUUUUGCCUUGGAUCCGGUUACACCAUACAAGAUGUUAGACAAGCAAGGCUCUCCUUUCCUAGUGGUCACUCGAGUUUAGCCUUCUAUGCUUUGGUCUAUAUAUCUCUAUAUCUGCAGAAAAGAAUGCAUUGGCGUAGAUCGGAUUUGACGAGGCAUUUUAUUCAGUUUGCACUUAUCAUGCUGGCCUGGUUCACGGCUCUUACUCGUGUUAUGGAUAAUUGGCAUCAUUGGUCGGAUGUUUUGUCGGGCUCUUUGAUUGGUGUAAUGGGUGCCUUGAUUACUGCCAAUUAUAUAAGUAAAUUCUUUAAAACGUCCUAUACUGAUUUCGGUUCUUUAAGAUUGUCAGGUCUGGCUAGACAAGAUACUUCAGCGACUUUGAAUGAGGUACUGGCAGCUACUCCACCGCCCUAUACGAUGAAUCAACAACCGGUAAAUGCUUUUACCAAUGAAACGUACUGUACGAAGGUAUAGGGGUCAAAGGGUAAGGGUAGGUUUUAAGGUAUUUAACGAUAUAUAUUGUGUAAAUAGUUUAAAUUGGAAGUUAGUUAAUAGGAAAUUAAAUUCAAGAGGAGAAGUGGGGAAUUUAAAGGAAAACAGAAAUAACAACAAUGCAUGUUUUUAAAUUAUGUCCGACAUUUAUGUCAUGACAUUAAUACAAUUUCAAAAGCUAUUUUAGAAAAAUAUUAAAAAAAGAAACAUAAAUUUCGACUAAGUAACUAAACAUUUCUGUUAUAACAUGACAUUAUGUUAGACAUUUAUGUCAUGACAUUAAUACAAUUUCUAAAGGCAAUUGUAAGAAAUAUUAACCAAAACAACAAAUUUCAACAUAGUUGUUUGAUAUUAAACAUUUGUGUUAUGUCACGACAUUAUGUCUGGCAUUUAUGUCAUGACAUCAAUAUGAUUUCAAAUAUUAAAAAAACUCGAAUUUAUCCAAAUUUACAAAUAACCAAGAAAAAUUAAUAAAAUGGUUAAAAAUACCUAAUGAUAUAAACUUUCUUAACAUUUAUGUCAUGACAUAAUUAAGUUCACUUAAGUGAUUUCCAAAAUUUUAACAGAAAACAUGAAUUUUUGAAAGUUUUUAGCAAAAACGGAAUAACCUAAUGCUAAAAAAAUUUAUUAACAUAAAAUAUCUUAACAUUUCUGUUUUAACAUGAAGAUUUUUUUAUGUUUUAAACAAAAAUUUAAAACGUUCUAAAAAUUUAGAAAAAAAUUGUAAAUUUGUUUUUUUUUUUGAGUAGUAAGUAGCUUUUGCCAAAAAAUUUCUUGACAUAAAAUCUCUUAACAUUUAUGUCAUGACAUAAAGUAUUAAAAAAAAAUAUUUAACAAAUAUUGUAAAACAUUCCAUAAUUUUUAAGAACAUAUUAAAAAAUUGUUAAAUUAGUUUAAAAAAUAAUCUUGACAUAAAAUGUCAUAACAUUUAUGUCAUGACAUAAUUUUUUUUUUCAAUUUUAAACUAAAAUGAAAAACAUUCCACAAGUAAGUAUUUAAAAAUUUAUAUUAAAAUAAGUAAAUUACUUUAAUUAAGCAAUUGUCUGUACAAUAAAUAUGUCUUGACAUAAAAUUUCCUAAAAUAUACAUACAUAUGUCAUAACAUAAUUUUUUUUUUAAAUAACAAAAAAAAAAAUUUUUAAAAUUUUAAAGCUUUCAAUAACAAAUAA